AAUGAAUGAGUAGACUCUCAGACUGUCGAAGUGAUCACUUGAAGAGCUCCAUUAGUAAUUAAUACUGGUGCACAGUAAAGAUGCAGUUGUCAUUCUCAAGCUUUUUGAAUUGUGACCCUGUUAAUGAACCAACUGCCAUAGCUUGUGUGGAGAGUUUUCUGGUUUAUUUGACAAUCAGAAGACAGGCCAAUAAUGAGUAGUUAUUUAAUUUUAGAAAUUAUUUUUACACCCGUGUUCCUGUAAAACCUUUCUCGGCAUCCUAGAGUUACUAUGUCCAUGAGGGGUCUUGACCCUAAAGCCUAAAAUGGCUGUUUCAGAGUGGUAGCUGAAACUGUAUCCAGGCCAUUUGCUUUCUUGGGGCUCUAUUUUCUGAGCCAGCAUUGGCCUUCGUGUUCAUGAAUAGAGCUUGAGGUUCAUGUGCUGGAUAACGACUGUAAAACCCAUUCAGUUUGUUUGACAGCUGUAGAUUACUAGAAAGGAACAUCAGUUCGCGCUUGGAAUGUUAUGGUGAGGUGUGGCACAUGUCAAGCCAUGUCAUACCUUUUUGCAGUCACCUCCACUUUGUCUCCAGGGUGUCUGAGCAACCUCCACCCUUUUGGUUUUGGGUAGGUAAACAAAGGGCAAUGAGAGCAGCAUGUGUUGUGAAUGCUUCUGCUGUUCUACAGCUGAGAACCGGUUAGAUGAGAGUCUUCGCCUGGUGGGAAAAUACUGUAGCUGCUGGAAGAGUCAAUGCUUUCUCAGGAUUGAGAGUUGUCAACCAAAAAAUGCCCUUAAGUGACUGAAGCUAUGAAACAAUCCUGUGAUAUUCUUUGAUGGAUUCAAUAACGACUCAUCAGUCAAGAUCUCUGUCGAGACAUUCAACAUUUAUUGGUGUGUGGUCUGCUCCUGUGAUGUUCUAGACAAAUCUGUGUAAGCAUGAUGCAGACUUGUCUGAGCACAACCCCUCUGUCUUUCUGAAGGAAGUGAGUCAGCUGUGCACUUUCCCAAACUUGACACUGUUCAAUGAAAUGGGGUAUAUGAGGCAGCUACUCAUAUUAUGGACUGCUUCAGUUUUGUCUGCAAGUCAUUGGGUGUGUUAUUGAAUUCAUGUACUAACUUUUUCAAUUACUUCUACAUGUUGUGGGCAUGACCAUCAUCUAAGCUGAGCACUCCUAGAAUGAAUGAAGUGCUAUUUUGUUUGUCAUAGCUUGGGAGCAAAAUUGCCUCUUAUAAAUGGCAAAUGAACAUACCAGUGUUUAUUAUUAUUAGUUUUUUUAGAGUAGUGUCUAUGCAUGACCUUUGUCACCAGAUGUACAUGUCCACCAGAUGUGACCAUUUCAAACAAAAUAAUGUUUCCCCAUAAUUGUAGUUGGAUACAUUUUAGAGCCCUGAAAAUUAAUUUUGUUAGAACAUAUACUAUUUGUUCCCACCCGUUGAGGCUGGACUUGCCUAAAGGGCAAACAGGGCAACUGUUACUUCCACCGAGGGUCUGGGGCCAGGUCCCAGGUUAAUCUGUGUGGCAUUUACUUUGUGGUUAUAUGAUAGAAUACAAAUUGGAGAUUUGUCUGGUAAUAUGCACCAAUUAAGCACAAUAAAACUGAAAUGGUAGGGGCUAACAGGUCAUUUUGGCUCCAGGUCCCCCUCGUAUCUUAAUUUGUCCCAAGGAGUGUUUUCUUUCCCCUCCUUGCCCUUGAAAGUGCCAUUUAAAUGAGAAGCUUAAUGUGUGUCUCACUUAAAUGUUCUCCAUGUCCCUCGUAUCCUAGAGCAAAUUUUCUCCCGAUUGAUCUUUUUGUCUGUAAUAGUGGGAGUUUUCCUUUAAAUACGCUGCAGACUCCGCCCACCCAGCCCUCCUCUGGCAGACGCCGAAGUAGCGGAGCAGCGAACCAGACUAUUGGCCAACGGAUAGCCAGAGACCUCGGGAGUGUAUGAAGCCGACUAUCAACUUCAGGCUCAGUUCGCCACUCAAAGUCAGUCUACAUUAGGUAACAAUGAGUACAUCGGAGUCAUUGGAUCGAAUGGAACUCUGUGAAAGCCUCUUGACAUGGAUCCAGACAUUCGGAGUGGAGGCUCCAUGCAAGACAGUAGAAGACUUGACGAGUGGUGUCGUCAUGGCCCAAGCUCUACAGAAAAUAGAUAUAGUGUAUUUCAAUGACGCUUGGAUUAGUAGAAUCAAGCCAGAGGUUGGAGACAACUGGAGGUUAAAGGUCAGCAAUCUAAAGAAAAUUCUGAAAGGCAUCCUAGAUUAUAACCAGGAGGUUUUAGGGCAGCACAUUAAUGACUUCACACUACCAGACGUUAACCUCAUUGGAGAACACUCCGACGCAGCAGAACUUGGGAGGAUGCUACAACUUUUACUGGGCUGCGCUGUCAACUGUGAACAGAAACAAGAAUACAUCCAGACCAUAAUGAUGAUGGAGGAGUCAGUGCAGCAUGUUGUCAUGACAGCUAUCCAAGAGCUGAUGAGUAAAGAGACUCCGGUGACGGGAGGAAAUGACUCGUAUGUGGAUCUAGACAGACAGCUGAAAAAGACAGUUGAGGAGCUGAACGACGCUUUGGCUACCAAGGAAGAGAUCGCCCAGAGGUGUCGUGAGCUUGACAUGCAGGUGGCAGCCCUGCAAGAGGAGAAGAGCAGUUUGCUAGCAGAAAACCAGGUCCUGAUGGAGAGACUCAACCAGUCUGACUCCAUAGAGGAUAUAAACAGCCCAGCUGGACGCAGACAUCUCCAGCUGCAGACACAACUGGAGCAGCUACAGGAAGAAACUUUCAGGUUGGAGGCAGCAAAAGAUGACUACCGGAUCCGUUGUGAGGAGCUUGAAAAAGAACUUUUAGAUGUAAAGUCACAGAAUGAAGAGCUUGUGUCACUGGCUGAUGAAGCCCAGUCUCUCAAGGAUGAGAUGGAUGUCCUUAGGCACUCAUCAGACAAAGUGUCAAAGCUGGAGGGCACAGUGGAACACUACAAGAAGAAACUGGAGGACAUGGGACUUCUCAGAAGACAGAAUAAGCUGAUGGAGGAGAAGAACACAAUGUUAAUGCAGACCAACGUCAGUUUGGAAGAAGAUCUACGAAAGGCAAAUGCUGCCAAGGGCCAGCUGGAGACGUACAAGAGACAGGUGGUUGAACUUCAGAACAGACUCUCAGAAGAAUCUAAAAAGGCUGACAAGAUGGAGUUUGAGUAUAAACGCGUCAAAGAAAAAGUGGACUCCCUGCAAAAAGAAAAAGAUCGUAUGCGGACAGAGAGAGACUCGCUGAAGGAGACUAUUGAGGAGCUGCAUUGUGUUCAGGCUCAAGAGGGACAACUUACAUCAAGUCUGUUCCCAUUGGUCAGCAACGACGGCUCCGAUUCACUGGCUGCUGAGAUCACCACCCCAGAGAUUCGAGAACACUUGAUUCGUCUUCAGCAUGAGAACAAGAUGCUAAAGCUCGCCCAGGAGGGAUCAGACAAUGAGAAGAUUGCGCUGUUGCAGAGUCUACUGGAGGAUGCCAACAGAAGAAAAAAUGAACUGGAGACAGAGAACAGGUUAAUCAAUCAGCGUUUGAUGGAGGAACAGAGUCAGGUAGAGGAGCUACAGAAGAAUCUUCAGGAGCAGGGCUCCAAAGCAGAUGAUUCUUCCAUUCUGAAGAAGAAAUAUGAGGAGCACAUGGAGAAAGUACGAGAGUUGAACAAUGAGUUGUUGAAGAAAAAUGCCUUCAUCGACGAAAUGGAGCCUAAAUACAACGCCAGCUCCCAACGAGUAGAGGAGCUGGAAGAGGCCCUGAAAAAGAAAGAUGACGACAUGAAACAGAUGGAGGAGAGAUAUAAGAAAUACCUGGAAAAAGCCAAGAGUGUGAUCCGGACCCUGGACCCCAAGCAGAACCAGGGUUCAGGUCCAGAGGUUCAGGCCUUGAAGAACCAGCUGCAGGAGAAGGAGAGGAUGCUGCACUCACUGGAGAAAGAGAUGGACAAGACAAAGAGCCAGAGAGAUUACGAGGAGAAACUGAUUGUGUCAGCCUGGUACAAUAUGGGUAUGUCUCUGCAGAAGAAGGCGGCUGAAGACCGACUCGCCAACACCGGUUCUGGUCAGUCCUUCCUGGCCCGGCAGAGACAAGCCACCAGCACACGCCGCUCCUAUCCAGGCCACGUCCAGCCAGCUACCGCAAGAUCCAUGAGGUAGAGAUGCCAGGCAAGGCUGCCCAAAUCUUGCACCACUUUUUUCCUGACUAAGCACAUUUUUCCCAGACUCCUGUGAUGCCAGGCUUCUACCUAUUUCACCCCCAGUAUAUUUAAUAGGGUCUAACUAAUCACUCCAAAACACCUCUCUUCCUCCCUUUCAACCACUGACCUUCCUCAACCUGUACUCUGUGGCAAACUUUUGCCAGGCAGGUAAUCUGAACCCCAAGGCUGAGAAGGCUUGCAUCUUCUUGACAAGUUACUGUCAUUUUUGUGUAGAGGAUCCGCUCUGCCUGUUCAUGCAGUAUUUAUGCACAUCUCUACCUGUGAUAACAUUUGAGGUUCAUGGUUUUUUUUUUUUGUUUGUUUUUUUUUUUACUUGAGUUGACAGAUCAGAUUUUCUAUCCCGGGUCAUCUGUUUUAACUCUUCUGAUGUAGCUUUAAGAAAGUUAACAGCAAUUUUCUGUUACAUGUGUCAAUGUUUCACUUGUGAUUCAAAUGAUGAUAUUUUCAAACAGUUGCUCCUUUGUUUUGUCAUUGUGUUAUAGAGUGUUGAGGCAUAGGAAGAUGUAUAGUCAUCACAUGUAAAUGUUCCAUUUUCUUGCUAAAAGUUCUGAGUGAUUUCUAAUGGGACUAUAUGGUUUGAAAAAAAAAAAAAAAACAACUGUUGGCUGGUAAGUGCAGCAAUAAUUGUGAAAAGUAUUUUUUCUUCCAAGGGAAAAAGAAAAAGUAAAGUUGUUCCAGAAGGUGUGAUCCACAGCUGGGUAGAUUGUGUCAAAGAUCAGUGUGCUACGUUAUAGUGUAUACUGGUUUUCUUUAUGUUUCUUGACGAGCCACGGUUGAUCAAAGCAAGAAAUGUAUUAGUUCACAUGGUUUUAGCUUUACCAGCAUUUACCAGGUUGUCUGUGACAACACCUUUUGUGCCAUAAUGUUAAAUUUAAAUGUAUUUAUCACAGUAUUUGGUUAAUAUUUUACUUACAACACUGCAGACUUACAGGCCCCCCUUACAUAGGAAGAAAUGUGUUAAAGGAAAAUCUAGUCGUGAGGUGCAGUAGUUCCUGAGUUACAGAUCCUGUGGCUGUCUGGUUGAAACUGCAUUUAGUUUGUAGGUUGCUCCCAAUGCCAAUAAGUCACCAAAAAGGAGGCAUUUAUUGAAUGCAGCACACUGAAGUGGACUUACUUUCCAUAUAAUUUUAGAAUGACUUGAUUGCUAUCAUAGUAGAAAAGGUGUUUCAAGGUGUGUGCUAAGGUGUUUCAAUAAGCACCGCACAGUACUGCUCAUGCCACUUUACGUAGGAAUCUUGAAUAGGUAUGCUUGUUGCAGCUGUUCCCGUCCCUUCUCUAACCCGUCUUUUCUUCCAUUCUCUUUACCUUGUCGUUGUUUUUAAGGCAGCAUCGUGAACAAUCUCUCGUUAACAUGAUGGACCUGUAGAAGCAUUGAAAUUAACCCCAUUAAUUUGCUGUGUAUCUGUUAAGAUCAGGGCCCUGAUGAGAACAGGCCCUGUCAUCUGACCAUUAUCUCUCUCUCUCUCUCUCCUCCUUCAACAGCAAUGUCACUGCAUGACUGGCACACCAAUGAACUGGCCAAGCCUGGUGUGGCUGGGCUAGGCUGAGGCACUCGAUGCAUGAACUACCUGCCUGCCUACUGUUUGCAUGACUUUGCAUUGACUCAAGCCUGUGAAUAACCAGCGCACCCGGCUGCAGCAUGAGCACUAACAACCUCUGCAGUGUCAUGCAUUGUAACCUCCAGACAAGCCUGAGGAGUGAUGCAGUCAGAAAAAGAAUACCCUCACGCUCCUUCCCCCAAUUAAUCUCCUUUCCACCCUUCCAGCUCUCGACUCCUCUUGUUCUCCUGCUCUUUGUUAUCCUCUCCAUCCCCUCUCCUCUACCCCUCCUACUUACUCUUCAUGGACAUGCCUGCUUGUGCUUCCACACUGCAUCAAGUCUGCUACUAUUCAUGCGCCAGUAUGUUACAAACACCUAGGACGAGGGCAGUAUAUCGCAGUAUAGAGUCUUUUCUGUAGUGCUUGUGUGCAACUUGACGUUGGCUAGCUGCUUCAGAAUACCUCAAUGACAUAUUUCCACAUAUCUGUUUCUAUUUCCAUGGUCGGAGGACAGUUGACAUCAGUGAGAGAGAAAUAUUUGAGAGGUGUAGCCUGCAAAUUAGUCUGCAUAACAAUAAAGAAGCCAGCUCCCCUUUUAACUCCUGAGUGUGUAUCUCCUGCAAUGGUUCUGCCAGCCUCUCCUCAGUAUGUUGCUAGAUGGCAUCUUAGAAGUGCUUUUACCUCAAGUAUUAGAGAGUACAAAAACUUGUGGACUAAAGGAGAGUUUAUGGGGCAUUACUGGGUUGCCCUGUAGGCUUUAGGACGGUUUGCAGUAGGAGCAUAGGACGGCAACAUAAGUGUUUUAAAUGAAUAACAAUGUUACAGACAUGCAUUUUAUACAGGAUAAAAGCCCCCAUUAAGCUUACUUGCAAUUUCUCUUUAGCUGUAAUUGUUAAAUGUUAGUGUCAGUGUAGCAUCUGUUUCUUUGUAAGAAUGCACAUUUAUACCCGUCAUGUAGUGUUUCUGAUGUCGGCUAUAUUGUAGCUGAUCACUGUGUUGUCUGUUAUUUGUCUAGUAGCAAAUAAGUGCACGUUGUCUCAUGUGUAAUACACUAUACCAUAAAAAUGAAUGCCAAUUUGAUAGAAACAUCAGACUAUUCAAAAGGUGAUAUGAAACUCUACAUUAGCUCUUGUAGGCUAAUGUAUAGCACAUUCAUUUAGUUGGAUUGAAAGGGUUAAUCAGUUAAAAGAUGUGGAAAGGGAAAACGAUUGCGAUUUCAAAAGAAAAGUUUUGGCAUUAAUUGUUAACGGAAGAAGCUGACUGCUCAGACAUGCAGGGUUAACCGCAAAGCAAGACAUGAGUUACAGCAGACGCAAAUUAUAGUUUCAGUAAUAGUGAAAGUUAAUUUGGAGUUGAUGUAAGUCAUACUGUACUGUUGUGUAGCAACUGUCUUAUUUAAAUUUCACUUCCAGAGCUUAUGUUGAGAAAAAGGGCGAGAGAAAUAAAAACCUGGACCUGUGAAUAUAUGCAUAUUAUAGGCAUAAAUGCAUACAUUUGUUUAAAUGGAAGAGAUGUUUGAAUGCUCCAAUUUAGUGCCUUUGCUUAAAAUAUGAUAUAAAAAAAAGACUUUCUGGUCUUCAUAGGACUAAAGGCACGUUGCCUUUAAAGACCAGCUUUAUUGUUUUAUUUGAAAAGAUAAAAAAAAAUGACUGAGAUGGUCUUAAAACUCAUCCACAUGAUGAAUAUCUUGACUUGUAUUGUUUAGAUGAUGUAGGCUUAAUGAGGGGCUUUUUCUUCUCUGUUUUUAACCUAUUUUACUCAUAAUUGUUAAAUUGUGUAACCUUGAUUUAAUUCAUGCCGUGCAUUUUUAUCUCAAUGGCUUAUUUAUUCUUUUGCUGCUUGUACAGCGUGUUGUUACAUUUUUUUUUUAUAUUAGUAGUAGUAUUAUAUCACCACUUAUACUGUUACAAUGGAGGUGAAGUUUCCAUACGGCAUCAAAAUACUGUUAAAUACUUGUAUUAUGCAACAAAAGGAGGAGAAGGCUUGUAGUAAUGUAGUGUUUGUCUCCAUCUAAUGAAAAUGACACAAAGGUUAUAAUAUGAACAGUGUCAGCUCAGAUCAGUGUAUAUGGGAGAAAACGCUGUACGGUUAUAUUUACCUCCAUUCUUGUCAGGAAAUUACUGUGCUAAGAAACUUAUCAUAUUUGAAAAGGAAUGUUUUCUCAUCAACAAAAAAAAAAAGCACAUUUAACAUUUUUAAUCACUGAAUCGUUAGUGAAUUUACCGUGACCCUAUAAAUUAUCAUAUUUUCCAGUGUUUUAAGUGACAGCAUCAAAGACGGGGGCCUUGUUUGUGGGGAAAAGGGUUCAUUAGUUGUUGUGGAUGCACGUGUAACUGCAUUAAAAAUGACAUUAGUACA